GCGAAGCGGCUUUGGGACAUAAACAACAGACUGUUCCCUUGUACUCUCUAUUAUGCACCAACCUAGUCAAGUUUUCUAACGUAUUAACAUGGCGGCGCAAAGUUAACUUCCAUAAAAGUCUAUUGCAACGUAUCCGGCUCAAGGUCAGACAUGAGGCUCUGCUCCCUUCUUCUGCUCUGCCUGGCAGCAUACCUGUCAUCCUCCUAUGUGAUUUCCCUUCCACAUAUGUGGACCAAACUGAUCCUGACCCACCACUGGCCAAGCACCUUCUGUGGUAUGGAAGUCCCAGUCUGUCAUCCCAACAUCAGCUACUGGACGCUACAUGGACUCUGGCCAGAUAAAGGGAUUGACUGCAAUUCAUCGUGGCAUUUCAACUCUUCUGAAAUAGAGGACCUGCUUCCAGACAUGAAGAAGAGUUGGCCAGACUUGUUGAGCCCCAUGUCUACUGGAUUCUGGAAGUAUGAGUGGCACAAACAUGGUACAUGUGCAGCCAAGGCAGAGUCUCUGAAUAGCCAACAUAAAUACUUCAGCAAGGCCCUGGAACUAUACCAUAAACUGGAUUUGGACAGCAUCCUGACAAAGUUUGACAUCAUCCCUUCAGAAAAUUACUACAAACUUUCACAAAUUGAAGGAGUCAUAGAGAACUUCUACAGCGUCAAGCCUAAGAUCCAAUGUGUCCAUCCGUCAAAGAAUGCAGGUUUUCAGAUUUUGGGGCAGAUUGAGAUCUGCUUCAACUCUGACUUCACCCUCCUGGACUGUGAGAAACAUUUAACAACAACACCUAAGGGACACGUGGACAAUCGCAUCGCAGUCGACAAGACAUCUGGGUUCAGUGUGUGUGACCAGGAUGUGCCCGUUUACUACCCAACACCUUCAUAAAAGAACAUACGACUGAAACCGAACAGCACACUACAACCCUAAAUACACACACACACACACUAAACAAAUCAACUGUACUGUGAUUUAGCAUUUGCGCACAACGACUUAUUUCCUUUUUUCUCAGGGUUCAAAUUGAACACCAUAACUUAAACACUCAUGUUUGUCAACACCUCACAAUGAGUUCAGUCUGAAAACAACAUUUUUUUUUACUACAUUUAAAUGCUUGUGGGGACAGGUACUUUGCUCCAGGAAACACACGCCGCUACCAAGUAGUGCUUUAAUGGAAUUAAGUGCCUUUCUGACGGCUGCUGGUAGAUGAAUCCGAUAUAGUGCACAGCAUGUUUCUUUCCACGCCUCAACAGGGGGCAUUGGGGUGAGUUGAGGUCAGGUGGGUGGGCAGAUUGGACAGUUAAUAUACGACAUCUUGUUGGCGAAUGAGUGGAGCCUUACAUCAGAUUUGCAGGUGACUCUUAGUCUAUGUUAUCGGUAGGUUAUAUGUCAAUCUUUCGUACAUAAUCUUUUAAGGACUGGGAAUAUUUUAUACCACAUUUGUGUGUUUAUGUGCCUCUUGAUUAUUGCUAUGUAAAGUUAAUUCAUCCAAUGCAUCAUCAUCAAAAUAGCUUGGUUUUCUUAUUGUUAAAUCACUACCCAAAUAUUCUAGGGUCACGUGCACAUUGUAAAUGGCUUUGGGGGCAAAGGUGGUCGUUUUUUAGUCAUUAUAAACAUGUGGUAGUUAUUGCUACCUUUUGAAGUUUGCCUACAUCAUUAUUCAGUGUUUUGUUAUAGGCCUGGUUAGGCCUGUCUAUUGAUAUUAAGGACUGCUAGUCAUAUAGAGAACUUGGAAAAAAAAUAGCCUAAACAUUAUGUAUGGAUAGAAAGUACAAAUAAAAUGUGUUAAAAAAAUAGUAUAUGUGUAAAUUAAAUGCUUUUGUUUCUUUUACAUUGUAAUUGUACGUUAAUGAGUUAACAACCUCAAAGUACACUAUAAACAAUCAUUUAAACAAGAUGUCAUACAAGGUUAUUAUGCACCAUUUGUGUCCCACAAGUUCUAGGCCUGUAGAGAUAAAAUAGUUGUUGCAAAUGUUUUCCUAAACACUUGAAUCCCCCACAUAGUUGUACAAUGGCUUCUUUCUAUUUGUCCUGUUUGGCUCUGGCUACUCUUGUGCAUGUAUAAAUAAAUUCAGUGUAAGCUAAAAGGCAAAAUAAUGAUUAUAAUUGACAGCUACAGUAGACAAAUGCUGUGGUGCUAAGUAACUACUGAAAUGAACAUGUGUACUUCCAUUGUUUUAAUGUCAAUAAAACAUUCAAUAUCUA